AUGCCGGGUCCCCAGGUCUCAGCCCUGCCGUGCCCACCCCUGGCACUACGGGCUCCACGCCGGGUCCCUGUGUCUCAGCCCUGCCGCGCCCACCCGCGGCACUACGGGCCCCACGCCGGGUCCCCGGGUCCCAGCCCUGCCGUGCCCACCCCCGGCACUACGGUCCCCACGCCGGGUCCCCGGGUCCCAGCCCUGCCGUGCCCACCCCCGGCACUACGGGCCCCACGCUGGGUCCCCGCGUCCCAGCCGUGCCGUGCCCACCCCCGGCACUACGGGCCCCACGCCGGGUCCCCGCGUCCCAGCCGUGCCGUGCCCACCCCUGCCACUACGGGCCCCACGCCGGGUCCCCGCGUCCCAGCCGUGCCGUGCCCACCCCUGCCACUACGGGCCCCACACCAGGUCCCCGCGUCUCAGCCCUGCCGUGCCCACCCCUGGCACUACGGGCCCCACGCCGGGUCCCCGCGUCCCAGCCGUGCCGUGCGCACCCCUGGCACUACGGGCCCCACGCCGGGUCUCCGCGUCCCAGCCGUGCCGUGCCCACCCCUGGCACUACGGGCCCCACGCCGGGUCCCCGCGUCCCAGCUGUGCCGUGCCCACCCCUGGCACUACGGGCCCCACGCCGGGUCCCCGCGUCCCAGCCGUGCCGUGCCCACCCCUGGCACUAUGGGCCCCACGCCGGAUCCCCGCGUCCCAGCUGUGCCGUGCCCACCCCUGGCACUACGGGCCCCACGCCAGGUCCCCGCGUCCCAGCCGUGCCGUGCCCACCCCUGGCAGUAG